AGCAGGAGGACAGAUUGGCAGCUAAACAUCAAGGUCAUGAUGGCAGAAAUAUAAACGAGCAGCGCAGCAUGGAUCUGUUCACCAAGCAACAUGAGAGGACUCGCGGUCUUGGCAGCUCUGCUCGUAGCUGUUGCUUUCUGCAAGGAGACGUUCGAGGGACACCAGGUUCUUCGGAUAAGUGCAAAGGAUGAGGUGGAGAUCAGGCUCCUGAAGGAACUGUCUGAGCAAGAACAUCUCCAGCUGGAUUUCUGGAUGGAUCCCGUUGCCGUGUCUCUCCCUGUCGAUGUCCGUGUUCCCUUCCACAGCCUGCAGGACGUGAGAGCGUUCCUGGGCUACCAUGAGAUCCACUAUGAGAUCAUGAUCCAGGAUCUUCAGGAUCAUCUGGAUAAGGAGCAGCGUGAGAUGAUGAGAUCUCGUGUUUUUCAGCCCAGAACCACCGAUGACUAUGAUUACUCUAACUACCACACUCUGAGCGAGAUCAACAGCUUCAUGGACAUGUUGGUGCAGGAGAACCCUAAACUGGUCAGCAAGAUCGUGAUUGGACAGAGUUACGAGGGCCGUCCAUUAAACGUUCUGAAGUUUAGCACCGGUGGUACGAAGCGUCCAGGGAUCUGGAUAGACACCGGGAUCCACGCCAGAGAAUGGAUCACACCAGCAAGUGGAUCCUGGUUCGCUAAGAAGAUCGUGACAGAUUACGGACAUGACCCUGCUCUUACCGCCAUCCUUGACAAGUUAGACAUUUUCCUGGAGCUUGUUACCAACCCUGAUGGUUAUGAAUAUACCCACAGCAGUAACCGCAUGUGGCGCAAAACGAGGAGGAUAAACAUCGGUACCUCGUGUAUCGGUGUCGACCCUAACAGGAACUGGGGUACAGCGUUUGGAGGUGCUGGUUCCAGUAGUAACCCUUGCUCUGAGACGUACCGUGGAACGAGUGCUUACUCUGAGCCCGAGGUCAGGUCCAUUGUGGAUUUUACGAAGUCUCACGGCAAUCUCAAGGCCUUUUUGACCAUCCAUAGCUACUCUCAGAUGAUGCUCUACCCCUACGGUGACACCGGUGCUCCUUGCGUAGAUGAAGCAGAGCUGGAUGAGCUUGCUUUCAAAGCUGCCACUGCUUUGGAGGGUCUGUAUGGCACUAAAUACACCUACGGGAGCACUUUUGAUACCAUCUAUCAGGCGAGCGGAGUGACCACAGACUGGGCAUACGAUCAGGGCAUCAAGUACUCCUACACCUUUGAGCUGAGAGACACCGGGCGUUACGGAUUCGUCCUUCCUGCGGAUCAGAUCAUCCCGACAGCUCAGGAGACGUGGCUGGCUCUCAUGGUCAUGAUGGAGCACACUAAGAACAACCCGUACUGAAUCAGCAGAGAUGCUGAAUCAUCAUAUAAUGUGUGAUAAUAAAGAAUCAUUUCAAUAAAA